UCAUGUUGGUACGCUAAAAUUGGAUUAUCCUCUGUUGGGAUAGGAUAAUAGGCCGGAAAGUGGGAAAAGGAGAAGCCCAACCAAAAUGGUAGAGAAAAGGGGCACAUCGAGCCCAACAACAGUUCAAUGCCUUCCGAAUCGAAAGACGCUAGUUAUAGUUCGCGGCGUUUCACCCAAAAGAGGAAUAGUUCACGGCGAGGAGGAGAGAUAGAGAGAAGGAAAAGCCUCGGAGACAGAGAGAGAGAGAGUGAGCUGCGCGCCGCUGCACCUUUUACCCGUCGUUUUGAAGGGUUUUCUUCGUUUUGCGCUGAAAGGGCACCCAGUGGUGGGAAACGAGUCAAUUCGGCGGGGUGAAGAAGAUUCAACGAAGCCAAAGCCAAAUUCUGAAGGAUCCUCCGUCGUCGUUUCAGCUCAGGUUCGUAGAAAUUCCGUCCCUCUGCUUCUCCGCCCCGUUUUUGCCUCUUUUGUGUCGAUUCAUUGCUCCGCUCGCCGCAGCUAUGGCCGGCGAACGUCGACCCGUAAAUUCCAUGGCCGCCGGUGCAGGAAGCGUUAUGGACGGUGUAGGGAUUGUAAGGUUGCAGGAAUUUCUUGGUGGAUUUUACCCCGUAUCAGAUUCGUCUGUCAAUUCUCCUUGCAUGUUGAUUCCGUUUUUUUUUUGUUUCUAAUUUAAUUUUAGGAGGUAUUGCGUUUUUGCUUUUGUGCGUGUAAUGUUUUUCGGGAGCUGCCCAGAUGAGAUUGGCUUGAGAAAGGGGUGAAAUUGUGUGUAAAGCUGCAACCUUUGGUUUUAGUUUCUAGGUUAAACGCUUGCAUGCGGAAGUAUGUACCUUUUGAUGCUCGGUUAUGGGGUUUCGAGCCCAAUGCUAAUUUUCUUUUACUACUCCUUUAGUUCUUAAGUUAGUAACUAGAGUAAUUUCGGUUACAUUUGGGUUCUAUAAGGAUCCUGUCAAUAACUUUGCAUGCUGUAGAAUGGCACUUUAUGUUUUGGUUCUAUGCGUUAACUCUUGGAGUGCUUUUGUUUGUUAUGAACAGUAAAUGGACGUCAGUCCUGGACCAGUUGAUGUCUCUGUGCUUUAUGAACAAGACAAGCAUGUUUCUGCUGCUGUAUGGGAAGGCCAGGAGCGAGGUGCCCUUAGAUGCCAUGAACAUACAUCAAAGUUGGGGGAAUGGAGCCUGACUCCAAGACAGAUAGAGUUAGUAGAGAAAUCAGGAUUCGGAUUCUUGAGAAAGAUUCCAGCCAUUAGUCUAGACAACCCUCUAAUCUCAGCCUUAGUCGAGAGGUGGCGAAAGGAAACAAACACCUUCCACUUCACUGUUGGUGAAAUGACGGUGACACUUCAGGAUGUGGCGUUGUUGCUUGGUCUUGCUAUCGACGGGAAGCCGGUUAUAGGCAUCACACACACAACCUGUGCAGCGGUUUGUGAGAAGCUUCUAGGGAAAGCCCCGGAUUCUAAUUACGCUAGUGGUGGGAUGGUGAAGCUGAGUUGGCUGAAGGAGUACUUCUCUCACUGUACUAAAGAUUCACCUAAGGAAGAGGUUGAACAAUGCACUCGUGCUUAUCUUCUGUACCUGGUAGGGAGCACAAUUUUCUCGACCACCACGGGUAAUAAAGUUCCAGUUAUGUACCUCCCGUUGUUUGAUAACUUUGAAGAAUGUGGGACGUAUGCUUGGGGGGCUGCAGCAUUGGCUUUCUUGUACCGGGCGCUUGGUAAUGCGUGUGUUAAGUCCCAAAGUACUAUUUGUGGAUGCCUCACACUUCUACAGUGCUGGAGUUACUUUCAUCUCGAUAUUGGGCGUCCAAAGCUCAACCGGGAUCCUAUCCACGAUAGCUUUCCGUUCGUACUGAGGUGGAAAGGAAAGCAAAGUGGACCGACAACAAACCGCGAUGUGGUCUUUUAUAGGAAGGCAUUGGAUUCAUUGAAACCAACUGAUGUAAAUUGGCUUCCGUACAAGGAUAUGGACACUACAGGAAUACCAGAACCGAUCAAAGACACUUUGAUUCUAGGGAGAUCGAAAACAAUGCUCAUAUGCUUCGACAAGGCUGAGAGACACCUACCUGAUCGUUGCCUAAGGCAGUACGGCAUGUUUCAACCGGUCCCAGAAGAUGUUCCGCGAUGGGUGAGAAAGAGUCGGGGAGUCGAUGGUGGGGUAGACUUGUCUGGGAAAAUGGAGUCUGAGCUCAAUGAAUGGGCCAGUCGUCAUCUCCAUAUCGUGGAGGGCAGUGAUGCCAUAAUGGACGAUGAGACCGUGUAUAUGGAAUGGUACUUGAGAAUAACCCGGAAAGUGGUUGGAAGACCUAUAUCGCUGUCGACUGAGUUCCAGAGAACGAUUGCUGGGCUGAGAGAGAUUGCUUAUUUAGCAGAUUCGUUUUCGACGAAAGGGUUAGAUGGGCAACAGUUUGAGUCCAUUUCAAGGAUCAGAUAUAUAGCACAGGACUGUUUGAGGGAUCAGUCAGGAAAUCCAGCUUCUACUGCUGUAGCAGUUGACAUCACGCCAGUUGAGCUUGGGAAAAGGAUAAGGGGAAAGGAGAGAGUAAGAAGAAAGGGCAGUGGGAAGAGGCGGAGAAAAGAUGAACUUGUGGAAGAGUAUCAGGAAGGAAGUGAGGAUGAACCGUCUCAGUUCUAUGGUGGAGUUGUAGAGGUUGAUCCAUUACAUGGUAUCCCUACGGUUUCGGCGAUGGAUGUCGAUGCUCAUAUUCUAUCUCAUUUUUCUGGCGACGGUGAAAAUGCCGAGAUUCUUUAUGAUGGACAGCUCUUUGAUGGAACUAGUGACUUUAAGGAGCCUCGGAAUACUGAUGGAUUAACUAAUCAUGUUAUCAAUCAUAAGCUUGAUAUUCCAACUGAGAAGUUGAAUGACGAGGUUUCUGAUUCUCAGCUAUUUGAUGGAGCAACUGAGAGUGAUAAUCUAAAUAAUGAGAUCCAUGAUGCUGUUGAUGAGGUUGGCGUCCCAAAGCUGAUUAAUGCAUGUAUUGUAUCUAGUGAUGAGCAGCUUCCUCAUGCAACUGCUGGAAUGACUAGUGUCUCGAAGCCUCUUGAUGUAAGCAAUGAAAUGGAGCUUGCUGAUACAAUUACUGUGGUGAAUGAUGGGGAAAAACUUGCAGCAGAAGAAACUAGUUUGGAUACUGAGUCUCAACUUCCUAAUGCUGCUGAAGUGGCUGGUGAGUUGCAGCUUACUAGAGAUGCAGAAAUUUUGCAUCCUUCUGAUGUAAAAACCGAGAUGGAUCACUCUCAGGCAUCUGAUCCAACUAAUGGAGGGAAAAAGGUGGAAAACUCCCAUAUUUAUGAAUGUCCACAUCUUUCUGACAGUAAGGGAGAGAAUGGCUCACAGAAUAAUACAAGUGAAGAUGAAAAGGAUUCUCAGCGUCCAGAUGAGGACAGGAAUGAAUCGACACUACCACAUAUUGCUGACGUUAUUGAUCCUUCAACUACCAACGGUGCGGCAGAGGAUGUGCCUACAUCAUCCCCUGGAACUGUUGCAACAUAACUGGGGUUUGAUGGUAUGGAGCUAUCAUUCUAUGUACAGUCAUAUGGUAAGAAGCACUUUGACCACUUUAUUGUUGUUAAUUACGUACCCGUGGUCUCUUCUGUAUGUUUGUGUACCAAGUUGGUUACAAAUACAUUUGCUUCUUUUCUGCAACAGGCUUCUCCGGUACAUCUAGUUGAUGCUCGAAAGUUCUGGCACGUCAGCAUUAUAAUAAGGGUUCCAUUGGGGAUGCUGAAGUCUGAGAGAUGCUCGCUCGUAGUUUGGGUUGCAUUCAGUAUUUUUUGUGUUUGUCUUCAGAAUAGAUCUUUUGCAGAUGUUAAGGUUUGUAUGAGUCAGCUAUUUGCAUUUCUAGAUUAGGCAGUUAGUUGUUGAAUUCUGAAUGCACUGGAUAUCGUUUGCAAUCGAGUUCUUUAGCAACAUGGUUGCAAUCUUGCCAUGCUUAUUACUAUUGUUGUUUGGCAAGAGUAGUUUGCUUCAAGCACGAGGAAAGAAUGUUUCUUGACAACGUAGGCAGUUGGAAGAAUUGAGUACAUGAGAUUUGAUGGUUGAUAUUGUUCUCAGACCAGGCCUUUUAGUUUAAACUUCAUCUUCCAUUUCGCUUUAUAUGUAGCUUUUUGUUUGAUUACAUCAUUCACAGGUCUCAAAGACUACUUUGCUUACAGUACAUUGCUGCUUUUUCGCUUUGAUCUUCUACUUCCAUUUCACUCCUUCUAAGUCGAGAAUCUCCGUGCAAGACAUGAAAGAUAGAGACUAGAUACUCCUGCUGAUGAUCAGAAGCUCCUAGACCAUGGCAGCGAACUCUGACAGUGAGGGCGACUAAGCUUUCGUCCCAACUCUGUAGCUCAACCCGGUUUAAGUAGAGGUCAAACCGUUCACAUAGGUUCCCCACGGAGUGGUCCUCUGUAGGGCGGCGGGUAAACAGUUAUUUUGUUAGUGGUGUAACUGAUAACCGAACUGAAAUCGGUGGUUAACUGUUACACCGAUAACCUAAUAAACAGUAAACGUUCAG